CGAAUCGUGGGAGUUUUGAGUAUUCGAGUUCCGCAGUGUAGAGACUGUCGCGGACGUGGUCGGGCUUGGGAAUGUAAUGUGAUUUGUUUCGAGACAACGUUUCAUUCAAGAUUACAGACAACAAGUGCUUAUUUUGUUCCGGUUCGCACGUUAACGAUACAAAAAGUGAUACAUGACAAUCUACAUGAGAAACCAUCGGUAACAGAUUAACAAAGUCAUCAGAGAUGAGCGGGCAUGCGACUCGUCCUGGUGAUCCUGGUGGUCAAGCGGUUUUCGAACACUGCAUUCAAGUAGCUGUGCUGCCGAUCGCUGGAAAACACGUUUCGUCAGCAUUACCUGCUACAUCGAUUCCACCAAUGGAGAGGCAAGAUGUAAACAUCACGAAAAAGCGCGACGGAAAAGAGAUUUCGAAUACUCAAAGAGUCUGGACGAGCUUAGUAUCUGGCGCAAUAGCAGGUGCUUUGGCGAAGACAACAAUAGCGCCGUUGGACCGCACGAAGAUCAAUUUUCAGAUCUCGAAGCAGCCCUACUCGGCCAAAGCGGCGAUAGGUUUCUUGAGCAAAGCGCUACGUACCGAAGGUAUCCUCAGCUUAUGGCGUGGAAAUAGCGCUACCAUGAUUAGGAUCGUGCCAUAUUCUGCGGUGCAGUUUACGGCGCACGAACAGUGGAAGAGAAUUUUGAGAGUGCACGGCGCGGAGAGGAAAAACCCAUGGGCGAGUUUUUUGGCUGGUGCCCUUGCAGGCGUUACGUCGCAGACCAUGACUUAUCCGUUGGAUCUGAUGCGGGCGAGAAUGGCGGUGACUCUGAAGGCCGAAUAUAAGACUCUACGACAGGCGUUCUCACGAAUCUACAAAGAGGAGGGAAUCCUCGCGUAUUAUCGUGGCUUCACCGCUACACUCCUCGGCGCAAUCCCGUAUGCCGGGUGCAGCUUCUUCACUUACGACAUGUUGAGAUACUUACUGACUGUGUACACGGUGACUAUUCCGGGAUUCUCGACCUCACUCAUUUGCGGUGCCAUCGCUGGAAUGGUCGGUCAGACAAGCAGCUACCCACUGGAUAUUGUGCGGCGCAGAAUGCAGACAUCGGCGAUCAAGGGUCAGCAUUAUCAUACGAUCACAUCGACUAUCACGAAGAUUUACAUGGAAGAAGGAAUAAUGGCUUUUUACAAAGGCUUGAGCAUGAAUUGGGUUAAAGGUCCAAUUGCAGUUGGAAUCAGCUUUGCUACGCAUGAUACAAUAAGGGAUACACUGAGAAAAGUCAUUUGUGAAGAUAGUGAGACAUAGAACUAAUAGAACAAAUAUUGAAAAGCUACCGUUAUAAUAUUACGGAAUAAUAACUGUUAAUUACAAUUUAGUAAUUAUAAUCAUAUAAUUAUAAUUUUAAAUUUUUAGGUAAUUAUAAUCAUAUAUAAAUAUAAACACACAUACACACGCGCGCGCGCGCGCACACACAUCACACACACAUACACACACACACACAUGAUUAUGUUAUAAUUAUUAAUUGUAUAUAAUUAACAAUUAAUAAUUGUAUAAUUUUAUCAUUUAACAGAUUAUAUAUAUUUUAAUGACAAAUAAGCAUAAAUCUGAAAAUUAAUUUGAUGAAAAAAAAAGAAAACUUGUGCACAAAAACGUCGUUGACAGUAAGAAUGAAAAUAUAUUGUAAAAUAGAUGCAUUGUAAUAAUAGGAGAAGAGAAUAAUUACUUUGUUAUUUUGCGACGGCGCUCCGCCAAAAGCAGCAGGGAAAAGAUCAUUAGUACAAAUUGUUAAAUAUUAUGUACAUAUAUUGUUAUUCCGAAUGUUACAUAGAGAUCAUUGAAGAAAGAUGUAAUAAAUGUACAUGUGCAUAUAAUUAUAAUAUAUGCACUGUAUGCUGA